AUGGCGGGACGCCGCCGGUUGCUGCUGCCGGGGCUGCUGCCGCUGCUGGGGGCGCUGCUCCCCGCCGCCGCCGCCUUCAACCUGGACCGCGCCUUCCCGGUGCUCAAGGAGGGCGCGACCCCCGACGGCUUCUUCGGCUUCUCGGUAGCGCUGCACCGCCAGACCGAGCGGCGGGAGCGGUGCCUGCUGCUGGUCGGGGCCCCCCGAGAUGCAGAGCCGGCGAACGGCAUGCGGACGGGCGCCGUCUACGCCUGCCCUCUCACCGCCUCCAGGAACGACUGCCAGCGGCUCGACAUUGAGUUGAAGAGUGAGCCGGACAAGGCCAUCAUCGAUGACAUGUGGCUGGGGGUGACAGUGGCCAGCCAGCGGCAGCCGGCGGGGAGGGUGCUGGCCUGCGCUCACCGUUACACCAAGGUGCUGUGGUCGGGCAGCGAGGACCAGCGGCGCAUGGUGGGCAAGUGCUACGUGCGGGGCAACGACCUGCGCCUCAACAUCAGCGACGAGUGGCAGACCUACCACAACGAGAUGUGCAACUCCAACACGGACGCUGACGAGACCGGCAUGUGCCAGAUGGGCACCAGCGCCGGCUUCACCGCCAACAUCAUCUAUUUUGGGGCGCCUGGCGCCUAUAACUGGCAAGGUACUGACUACAUGCUGCAGCGGGAGAUGUGGGACCUGCACGAUUUCUCCUACCCCAACAAGAGGAGCGGCAAUACCUAUAUAGGGUACACGGCGGAAGUGGGCAGCGCGGUGCUGCAGCAGGAUGCGGUGACGGUGGUGACGGGCGCUCCCCGGUACAAGCACACGGGCGCCGUGUACCUGCUGAGCCGCAGCCCCCAGCAGACGCUGCAGAAGAGCCUCCUCCUCCCCGGCCACCAGAUCGGCUCCUACUUCGGCAGCGCCGUGGCCCUGGCAGACCUCAACAACGACGGGUGGCAGGACCUGGUGGUGGGAGCCCCCUACUACUUCGAGCGGAAGCAGGAGGUGGGGGGCGCAGUCUACGUCUACAUGAACGAGGUGGGGGGCUUCCAGUCCCACCCCAGCCUGGUCCUCACCGGCCCCAGCGACUCCGCCUUCGGCUUCGCCGUGGCCAGCAUCGGGGACAUCAACCAGGACGGCUUCCAGGAUAUCGCUGUGGGGGCUCCUUUUGAGAAGCCCGGCAAGGUCUACAUCUACCACAGCAGCGCAGAAGGGCUGCUGGACAAACCCCGGCAGGUGAUCAGCGGGAGGGAUCUGGGUCCCGCCAGCAUGGAGACCUUCGGGUACUCGCUGAGCGGGGGGCUGGACGUGGACGGUAACUCCUACCCCGACCUCCUGGUGGGCAGCUUGUCGGAGAGGGUCGUCCUGCUCAGAGCUCGGCCCGUGAUCAACAUCUUGAACAAGACCUUCACGGUGACCCCCAGCAAGGUGGACCCUGCCCGGUGCACGCCUGAUUCCUGCAUCACGGUGACUGUUUGCUUCUCCUACAACCAGAGUGCUGGAGACCCCAAGUACAAGGAGAAGAUCACCCUGGAGUACACCCUGGAGGCUGACAAGGACCGGCACCCCCCCAGGGUCAGGUUUUUGGGGACCCACUCUGCUACCUACAGCGGCAUCUUCCCCAUGCCCGAGACCCGCUGUGAAUCCAAGGAGCUCCUGCUGCUGGACAACAUCCGAGACAAGCUGCACCCCAUCAUCCUCUCCAUGAACUACUCGCUGGUGGAGAAGCCCAGGGCCUUCGAGCUGGGUCCCCGCUCCCUCGACGCCUUCCCCGUCCUCAACCAGGACCAGUCCCACGAGAACGAGACCAAGAUUGAGUUCCAGAAGGAGUGCGGCUCCGACAACAAGUGCUACAGCAAUCUCCAGCUCCAGAGCAGCUUCGUCACCGAUCAGAACCAGCCCCUGCCCAGGCUGAACGGUACCCAGGUGCUGCAGUACAGCCGGGACGUGCGGAAGCUCUACUUGAGCAUCAACAUCACCAACGUGCCCACCACCCCCUCCAACGGCGAGGAUGCCCACGAGGCGCUGCUCAACGUCACGGUGCCGGCCAGCCUGCUGCCCUCCUCCGUUCGCCCGAGCGGAGCCUGUACCUUUGCGGAGACGGUGUUGUGCGAGCUGGGCAACCCUUUUAAGAGGAACCAGAGGGCAGAGCUGAUCAUCACCUUCGAGGCCAUUGGGAUCAUGCUGGACACGCGGGAGGUCUUGGUGUGGCUGGAUCUGUCCACGCAGAGCACCCAGGAGGACCUGCAGCCCGUGCUGGCCAAGCUGCUGGUGGACUAUAGCAUCCAGUCCUCGCUGACCAUAGCCUCCUCCCACACCCAGUCGCACUUCAGCGGGACGGUGGUGGGCGAGUCGGCCAUGCGGAGAGAGCAGGAUGUGGGCAGCCCCCUCACCUUCGACUUCCAGGUGACCACCAAGGGCGAGUCGCUGGGCACCCUGGGCACCAUCCUGCUGGGCUUCGAGUGGCCCUACGAGAUCCCCAACGGCAAAUGGCUCCUCUACCCCACCGAGAUCCUCGUCAACAGCAACGAGACCUGCCAGCCCCCCGGGGGGGUCAUUAACCCCCUCAACCUCACCCUGCUGGAGGACCAGGCUGCGUCCCGGCAGAGACGGGAGCUGGAGGCCCCCGAGCCGGCGGAGCCCCCCGUCACCCUGGCCACCGCCAAGAAAGCCAAGUCGGAGGUGGUGCUGAGCUGCUCCCAGGGCACCGCUCGCUGCAUCUGGUUCGAGUGCCCCCUCCUCCACACCCAGCACCCCACCACCUUCAGCGUCCGCGCCCGGCUGUGGAACAGCACCUUCAUCGAGGAGUACAGCGAUUUUGACCGGGUGAAGGUGGACGGCACAGCGACACUCUUCCUCCGAACCCACGUCCCCACCAUCAACAUGAGGAACCACACAGUGCGGUUCUCCGUGGACGUGGAUUCGGAGCUGACGGAGGAGCAGCCGGCCGAGAUCGCGCUGUGGCUGGUUCUGGUGGCGGUGGCGGCCGGGCUGCUGCUGCUGGGGCUGAUCAUCCUCCUGCUCUGGAAGUGUGACUUCUUCCAGCGGACCCGCUACUACCGGAUCAUGCCCAAGUACCACGCGGUGAGGAUCCGGCAGGAGCAGCGCUACCAGCCCGGCGGCCUCCUGCCCCGCCGGCGCAAGAAACACUGGGUGACCAAGUGGCAGGAGCCGGAGAAGUACUACUGA